CGUUCCGACUCUGCUUCAGUUCAGUUCCAAUUUGUUGUUGAUUCGUUGAUAUGAUUGUUGGAUCGGUGUCAGUUAACAAGUGGAGUGGACUCACGCAUACCAUCAAAUGAAACGAUCUAGCGGUGUGUUGUUUCGUAGAUUGUAUUUAAAGGUUUAAUUGUGUGUUCUAACAAAAUAUCAAGAAGUUAUAUGAGUGGUCAUAGUGUUUUGUGAACAUUUUCUAAAUCUAUAUAGUUAGGGCAAUUAUUAUAAGACAGUAAGAUAACAAGUUUUUGUGUCGUUUCGAGUGCUUUCAAAUUGACUUUUGACGUCACGUACGGCGACCGAACGGUUCGCACCGAAGAUUAUGUAGGAACUGCGUGUUUAUAAUCUUCGAAAACGUUUGUUGCUUAAAUUGGAUGUUGAAUGGAUCACACGACGUGAGCGUGUUGGAAAUAUGCUUUUGAAAUGUACAGCAGACGGGAGACGGAUCAAAGUGAACGGAGCUCCGGUGGGGCAAGGGAAUGUAGCGAGAGGAAAUCGGAUAUUCCUCCAGAGUUGCUCGUCUCACGUCUUUCGAGAGAUCGCAUGAAAAUGACUAUGUCGACGACAGCGACGAUGAGCGCGCGGGUCCACAGGAAAGUGAUACAUAAGCGGCCGCACCCGGGCAAGUCGGGGCUCCCGGGCAAAAUGUUGCACGCGGGCAAGAUGGCGCACCCGGGCAAGAGCGCGCACAACCCGGGCAAGUUUGCUCACCUCGGCAAACUCGGCAAACUGUCGCACUACACGCACACGCACUCGCUGCGCCCCCCGGAACCGUGCGACAACAGUAACGACAGCGGGCUCGGUCCGGACCCAGUCAACAGAUGUACGGACACGUCGGAGGAAUGGGAGCAUGGUGAGGCGAAAAGGCGGCGCGCAGACGACCACCCGGUUAAGGUAGAGUGCGACGACGCUAUAGACGCGUACACGUUCGCGCCCGCUCUAGCGCCCGCGCACGCGCCCGCUCCGCUCGACACGCCGUCCGCACCGCUGCCCACUCCCGUGAUAAGAGCGGGUUGCAGUUUAUCUAGUCCAAACAUCUCGGAGAGUCCGGGUAAACGGUUCCAGGAGCCGGCGUACCGGGCCUGCGGGGGCAAGCUGGGCAGCAGCGGGAAGCUCGCUGGCAAGUACGCGGGGGGCGGCAAACUAGUGGGGGUGGGGGGCAAGCUAAGUGGCAAGUUGGGGGGUAAGCUGGGGGGCAAGUACGGCGGCAAGCUGGCGCAGGCGUUGGCGCGGCGGCGGGCGCUGGCCGCUAUGGCGCACACGGGCCCGGCUGGUCUCGCCGCGCCGCUCACCAGCCGCUCACGAGACGGCAGCGUGGAACUACAAAUACUCUGCCAACCCGAGACACAGCAUCGCGCGAGAUAUCAGACUGAAGGUAGCCGGGGCGCUGUCAAGGAUAACUCCGGCAAUGGGUUUCCAAUCGUUAAGCUGGUCGGCUAUGACAAGCCCGCUGUGCUGCAGGUGUUUAUUGGAACAGACAGUGGACGCGUAGCUCCCCACAUGUUCUACCAGGCGUGCCGCGUGGCGGGAAAGAACUCGACGCCGUGCCGCGAACGAAAGGAGGAUGGCACCGUGCUCAUCGAGCUGGACCUAGAUCCUAGCAAGAACUGGCAGGUCACCUGCGACUGCGUCGGAAUACUCAAGGAACGUAACGUGGACGUAGAGCAUCGGUUCGGGGAGGCGCUAGGGGGUGGGGGUGGAGGCGGUGCGGGAGGCGGGCACUCUGCGCGCGGCAAGAAGAAGUCCACGCGCUGCCGCAUGGUGUUCCGUACAGACAUCGUGGACGCCAACGGACGAUCCGAAACCUUGCAAGUCUGCUCCACGCAAAUAAUAUGCACUCAACCCCCUGGUGUUCCGGAGGUCUGCCGGAAGUCGCUGGUGUCGUGUCCAGCAACCGGCGGCCUGGAGCUGUACCUGCUCGGCAAGAACUUCCUCAAGGAGACGCGCGUCGUCUUCUGCCAGCGCCAAGACGGACACACCACCUGGGAGGAGGAGGUCGUGCCUGACAAGGAAUUCCUACAACAGACGCACCUCGUGUGCUGCGUACCGGCAUACCUGCGGGCAGACAUCGCGGAGCCGGUGACGGUGCAGCUGUUCGUGCGCUCCGGCGGCCGCGCCUCCGAGCCGCACGCAUUCCGCUACACGCCGCCCGGCCGCGACGCUCUCCACUGCACAUUGCACCACUCGCAAGGAUCGACUAGCGGAGCCCCUGGCGCCGGAGGAGCGCCCGAAGAGCCGAUGCCCGUACUGGCGUGGGGCGGAGCGCCCGGCAUGAUGCCACCGCCCGCGCUGCCCGUGCGCCGCCCCUCGCUCAUCCUGCCCGACCCUCACUCGCCUCUAGGACUCAAGAGCGAGGUGCAGGACGAGAGCAGCCAGCACUCCGCGCCCGAGGAGGGCUCCUGCGGCGCCGACGGGCCCGAGCUGCGCCCCGCGCACGGCGCGCCGCUCGCCGGCAUCGACCUGCGCCUCAAGACUGAGGCUGCCCGCGACAGCGCCUCACAGGUGAACUUCGUGGGCGCGUACGAAUCCAUGAAGUUGUCUCCGAGCACGCCGGCGCAGAGCCAGCCGCCCUCACCCAUCGCCACCUACACGCACUUC